UGGCGCUUUUCAAAGUGGACGGUACAGGUUGAUAUUACGGUCAUACAUCAGUCUGUGUAACUGCACGCUAUCAGUUCUGACAAUCGACACCCUUCGAGAUAAUGUUGUAUUUAAUAGGAUUGGGGUUAGGCUCAUUUUCAGAUUUGACGAUCAAAGGUUUGGAUGUACUCAAAAAGUGUGACUAUGUGUACCUUGAUAGUUACACUUCUAUAUUCUCUGAAGAAAAUAUCAAUGAACUAAAGAUAGCUGAGAAGUGUAUAUUCCCAGCCGAUCGAGAAUUUGUAGAACAAAGUAGUGAAAUCCUUGAUCGAGCGAAGGAGCAUGACGUUGCAUUCCUAGUUAUAGGUGACCCUUUGGGAGCAACUACUCAUAGUGAUAUUAUAUUGCGAGCUGUUGAAAGAAAUAUUCCCUACCAAAUAAUUCACAAUGCCUCAGUUAUAACAGCAGUGGGAUGCUGUGGCCUGCAGCUGUACAAUUUUGGUAUUACUGUAUCAAUUCCUUUAUGGGAUGAAUUUGGGCGUCCAGAGAGUUUUUUUGACAAGAUACUGAAAAAUUUGAGGAAUGGAUUCCACACUUUGUGUUUGCUGGAUAUAAAGGUCAAAGAAAGAACUCUGGAGAACCUUCUGCGUGAUCGAAAAAUAUUUGAACCUCCGCGCUUCAUGAACUGCUUCGAGGCUGUGUAUCAAAUAGUAGAAGCUCUAAACAAAAAAAGUGAAGAUCUGUUGGAAUGGGCAAAUCCAAUAGUAAAAUCUUGCAUCGUCAUCAGUCUUUCACGAAUAGGAUCUGAUGAUCAAAAAAUUAUCGUCUCAAGAAUAAGCGAUGUAUACAAGGCUCGAAUGAACUUAAAUAACCCUGAAGUUAUUUUUGGUGGUCCACCACACAGCAUAAUAAUACCUGGAACAAUACAUCCACUAGAAGCAGAAUUUCUACUGGCACGCUACCAGAACAAGGUUGAGGAUCAAUCUUAUUUGCCAAAAUUCUUUAUCUUCGAAGAAGAUGGUUAUGUACUGCACCACUUCAAGAACCUUUUAUAUACACACAACAGAACAAUCAAUAGCAUUCAACUUCGUCACAACACAAUAACACACUUGUAAAAAUAUAAGGCAAAUCCAACUAUUUAUUAUUUUUGUUACUUAUUAUUAAUUUGUUGCUCCACUAUUCUAAUCAGAGCCGUUGUCGUUUUUAGCCCUUUGACUAACGGACACACGGGGUUCUCAUAUUUUUAUUAAUUUCCACAUAACAGUGAAUAAUUUAGUUGGUAUGAUUACUACUACUCUCGGACACUAGUCUUUUUAACUUAUGGAAGUGGUUAACAUGUUCAUGAGUGUUAAGCCGCAUAGUUUGCAAAACCCUAAAACAAAUAAACAACAUCUGAACUGCAUAAAUCGGUGUAACUCGUGCAGUAGAGUACCUACUCUUCAUGCUGGAUGCAUGAGAGAACUUAAGUAUUCAGCGAACAUAAUAAUAUUUACGCCAUACAACGUAACCAACAAAUACUUCAAAGUGUGUUGAGAAUAGGCAGGCGAAAACC